UAAAGAACUUCAGUUCAAUUCAAGAUGCGCGCAUUUGUUGUUUUGUGCUUCGUGGCUGUGGCCUGCGCCGACAAGCUCGGCUAUAACUACCAGCCAGUUGGUCACUCCAACUCUGGACUGUCCUUUGCUCCAGGCUGUGGCGGAGCAAACGGUGGUGGAAUUGGUUGUGGAAGCGUUGGCGGUGGCCACAUUGGCGGCAGCGCCGAUCUUGGUCUAGGUGGAGUCGGUCUUGGCGGCGGCAGCAGCCUUGGCGGCGUUAGCGGCGGCAAUCUUGGCAGCAUCGGUGUUGGCUCCGGCCUCGGUAACUUGGGUGGCCUUAACGGUGGCCUGGCCAGCGGCUCUCUUGAUGCUCCAGUUGCCUUCAACGCCCCUGCCCCAGCUGCUGAGUUGGAAAAGGAAUUCUUCAGCUUCACCGCCAACGAGCAGGACUUCGAUGAGCCACAAGCACUGGAUAGAGUCAAUGCUGCCGUAAACAAAGCUCUGCGUGUUGUCUUCAUCAAGGGACCCGAGAACCGUGGCCUGGAGAACGCUGCUCUGGCUCUGGCCAAGCAGGCUGCCCAACAGGAGACCGCCAUCUAUGUGCUCAACAAGCAGGCUGACAUCGGUGAUCUGGCCAACAAGCUGAACGCCAUCCGCAGCAACAACAACAACAAGCCCGAGGUGCACUUUGUCAAGUACCGCACUCCUGAGGACGCUGCCAACGCUCAGCGUGCCAUCCAGUCGCAAUACGAUCAGUUGGGCGGUUCCAGCCAGGCCCACAACGGCGGUGUUGCUCCCGUCCUGAACUUCGCCUCUCAGGGUACAGUGCGCCAGGCUAACGCCAAGGCUCCCGAGAACGCCUAUCUGCCCACCUCGAUCUUCCGUCGUGUCUAAACUGCUAGUUAGAUCUAGAUCAAUCGAUUGAAACUUACAGCGAUCUAUGACUGAUUUUUAUCCCUAGUUACUGUUGAAUAAUGCGUAAA